UUAAUGGAUAAAAUACUUGUUCGGAAAUAGGCUAACUGCGUAUGCCCAACAGGAAACCCAUGUGAACGCUGCUGGGGACAUGUUCUCUUAAAUGAUUUUAAUAGUUCAGUAGCUACAUAAAUAAUGCGUAUAGAUCAAGAACCCUUUAAAUACGACUUUUUCGUCUCGGUGGUUCACAAUGUCUUCAUCAAACAACGAAUGUGCACAACUUUACUUGCGUAUUGAAAAUAAAUAAAAAAAUAAUUAAUCAUGAUUCACAGUCACGUUAUUUUGUUCAGUGUAUUAUUUUUGUCAACAUGCCAGAUAAAACAAAGCAAGUCCAGUCUUAUAACCCAAGAAGUUGAGCUACCACCAGGUCAGGAAUGUAUCAUGACUCCAGUGGUGCAUGUAUUGAAACAUCCAGGGUGCCAGCCACAGCUGAUUCCAUCGUAUGCUUGCGUUGGAAAAUGCACCAGCUAUUUACAGGUAUCAGGAAGCAAAAUUUGGCAAAUGGAACGUUCAUGUAAUUGUUGCCAGGAGUCUGGUGAACGGGAAGCUACGGUUGAUUUAUAUUGCCCAGAAGCAAAAAAGGAAGAGAAUAGAUACAGGAAGGUGGUUACAAAAGCACCACUUGAAUGCAUGUGUCGUCCUUGUGGUACUAUUGAUUCAAAUGCUAUUAUUCCACAAGAAACAGUUGGAUAUGCUGAAGAAGGACCGCUCCAUAAUCAUUUCAGGAAAAGCUUCUAGACGAAAAUUGUGUAAAUCAAACUUUGUAUAGACUCGUGCAGUUCUUAUAAUUGUUAUGUUAUUCAGAGACUAUUAAAAGCCUUGACCAA